AUGUCCUUCGGCCAAGAACUAGGUAAACUCUUGGAAAAUUGGUUCUUCAUCGAUAUCAUCCAUAGGAUGCUCGCAAUAUUCAACGAUAACGGCGAGAAGAAGAAGCUCCGAGCAGAUCUUGAGGAGGCGCAAAAGAAAAUCAUCAAGUUGAAGGAGAAAAACUCAGCUCUUAAAGCUAGAUUGACGCAACUUGAGAAUAGAGUUGCGGAUCAAUUCCUCUAG